CGAACAGACAGCACAAUGGACGAGGCGAACAAACUUCAGUUCCCGUCUCUGCCCGUGUCCAAGGAGGACCUUCUGGACUGGGCUUAUCCAAUGAGACGAGAAAUGCAGGAGAUAUUACCAGGACUGUUUUUAGGUCCCUACUCUGCUGCAAUGAAAAGCAAGCUGCCAAUCCUUGAGCGACAGGGCAUAACGCAUGUUGUGUGUGUCCGCCAAGACAUUGAAGCCAAUUUUAUCAAACCUAAUUUCCCUCACACGUUUAGAUACCUUGUGUUAGACAUCGCUGACAAUCCCGUGGAAAAUAUAAUACGAUGUUUCCCUUCAACUAAAGAAUUUAUUGAUGGCUGCUUAGCAACAGGAGGUAACGGUGCAUGCAGUUUCCAUUUUUCAUACUUAGUUCAUGGUAAUGCAGGGAUAUCAAGAAGUGCUGCCUUAGUGAUUGCGUAUCUUAUGGAAACAUUUGGGAUGAAAUACAGGGAGGCAUUCAGCCACGUCCAGGAGAGGAGGUUCUGCAUCAACCCCAACGUGGGCUUUGUGCAUCAGCUACAGGAAUAUGAAGCGAUCUACCUGGCCAAAUUGACGAUUAAAAUGAUGUCACCAAUGCAGUUGGGCAGAUCCUUCUCCUUACAAGCUGGGAUGCCAGGAAGCCGUAAACGCAGCCUGGAAGAAGACGAAGACUUUGGAGCCAUGCAGGUCACAGCAGCACAGAACGGAUGAGCUUUGCUGAUAUUUAGCCGUGUGGCGCAGUGCACUCAAUUUUCUUUUUUUUUUUUCUACAUUUUUAAUGGGAUUAAAAAUGUUGUAAAUAUUUGAACUUUUUCUAAGGAGAAGGGACUUGGGUGGGAGGGGGAUCGCUCAUGUCUGAGACGUGGAGCACUGACUGGGAUCGGGCCAAUUUGAUAACUCCUUUUUUUUCUCGAGCUGUAUGCACUGAUGGGAGAUUUUUUGCAGUUUUAUAGUAUUUAAAAGCAUUUUGCAUUUGCAGCGGGACAGUAUUGCAAUAAUGCACUUUCGAUACUUGAAUUUGUGUAGAUGACCAGAAAGGGGCAGUCGGCAAAAGGGAAAGUAGCCAGGACGUCGCCCAGUGGAGGACAGGAGAAGAAGAAUAGCUAACGCCUUUAUUUUGGGAGUAAUAGGAUUAUGGACUAAUAUCAGGCUUAACAUGGGGUAGUAAGGAAUGAAUAAAUAACUCACUGCUUAAUAAAAUAAAAUAAAAGGUCUGACUGAGUCCUGUUCAGCUGUGUUUUUAUAUCAUGUUAUGUUGUGCAUAAACAUCAACAUUGUUUCCAGCG